GGUGGCAAAGAGAAUAUGCGAAGGCAUAACGACAUUUUUCAAAGCAAAAAUAUCGUUUGCUCUACGAAUCUGUGUGUCUGAAUUCAAUCCUUUUGAGUAGAGAAGACGAUAAUGGGGGCAAUAUCAAUGACGUGGUCUCUUCCAUCGCUAACCUCUUCUAAGCUUCCCCGGGUCAAUCGAUAUCCAGGUAUGGCAUUUGCGACUGUGAAUAAGGAUACUGCGAGUUUGGGAGUUAAAGUUACUGAAGGAUUGGGAAAUUUGCCCAAGGUUGUGUUAACCUCCUCCCAUGGAAGUGAGGCCGAGCUAUACUUAUAUGGAGGCUGUGUUACAUCAUGGAAAGUUGGGAGCAAGGAUCUCCUUUUUGUUCGGCCAGAUGCUGUUUUCAAUGGGCAGAAACCGAUAAGUGGAGGGAUCCCGCAUUGUUUCCCCCAAUUUGGACCUGGCCCGAUGCAGCAGCAUGGAUUUGCAAGGAAUUCCAACUGGUCCAUUGUUGAUUCUGAAAAUGUGGACGGAUCUCCUGUUAUCACUUUAGAGCUUAAAGAUAGCCCUUACAGUCGCUCUAUGUGGGAUUACAGUUUUCAAGCAUUAUACAAGAUCACCCUAGACAAGAAAAGCCUUUCAACUGAAUUGAAAAUCACAAAUACUGACAAAACGGCGUUUUCAUUUACCACUGCUCUGCAUACAUAUUUCAGUGCUGCUGUAUCGGGUGCAUCGGUUAGAGGUCUAAAAGGUUGCAAGACACUCAACAAAGAUCCUGACCCUAAGAACCCAGUGGAGGGUAAGGAAGAAAGAGACGUAGUGACCUAUCCUGGAUUUGUUGAUUGUGUUUAUCUUGGGGCUGCUAAUGAGUUAUACCUGGAUAAUGGUCUGGGCGACAUCAUAUCAAUUAAGAAUACAAACUGGCCAGAUGCGGUUCUAUGGAAUCCACAUCUGACCAUGGAAGCAUGCUAUAAAGAUUUUGUAUGUGUUGAAAAUGCUCAGAUUGGAAAUGUUGAACUAGAGCCGGAGAAAUCAUGGGUGGCUACUCAACAACUCAGCGUUGGCUGAAUAGGAGAUAUAUCAGUACACACUGUCCACGGGAUACAGAUAGCAGGGAGACAACACUAGCAGCGAAGAUCAUCUGACCUGAGUAUGAUUCUUGGUAUCUUAAAGAGAAAUUUGCCACUUUCUGUACUACAAAAACACACUUCCACUGAUUUGAAUAAUAAUGGCAUAUGAAUCUGAUGCAUCUUUUGUCAAUCUUUUCAAGUUUUGUUAAACGAAAUUCCAAGCUUCCUUUGCAAA